UGACACGCGCAUGCGCCGUGAAAGGCUGCGGUUUUCGUCAUGGCUGCCACGGGCUGGCCAGGCUGUGCGAAGAGUUUGAAAGGUGUCAUUUUGGACAUGUGUGGCGUUUUAUACGACAGCGGGGAGGGAGACGGGGUUGCCAUUCAUGGUUCUGUUGAAGCUGUGAAGAAGCUCAAGGCAUCCGACCUGCAGCUUCGCUUCUGCACCAAUGAGACCCAGGCCAGCAGAGAGACGUUUGUGGCCAAGCUUCAAAGACUGGGCUUUGACAUAUCUGUGUCUGAGGUCUUCUCUCCUGCUCCUGCAGCUGUGGCAGUCCUCAAAGACAGAUGUUUGCGGCCUCACCUGCUGGUUUAUGAUGGACUUCUCCCUGAGUUUGACAGCGUUGACAAGACCAACCCAAACUGUGUGGUGAUUGGAGACGCAACUGAAAAUUUUUCCUACCAGAACUUAAAUGAAGCAUUCAGGGUCCUUAUAGGCCUGGAGAAACCAGUGCUGUUCUCUCUGGGGCAAGGGAGGUACUACAAGGAGACAGAUGGUUUGAAACUAGAUGUCGGGGUUUACAUGAAGGCUCUGGAGUAUGCCUGUGAUUUAAAGGCUGAAGUCAUUGGAAAGCCAUCUCCAACAUUCUUCCAGAGUGUUCUCAGUGACAUGGGGCUUCAGCCACAUGAGGCGCUGAUGAUCGGGGACGAUCUGGUUAAUGAUGUAGGUGGGGCCCAACACUGUGGAAUGAAAGGCGUACAAGUCAGGACUGGCAAAUACAGGCCCAGUGACGAGAAGCACCCAACGGUGACGGCUGACGGCACCGUGGACAACCUGGCUCAGGCUGUGGACAUGAUCCUCAAUCAGAGGCACUGAGUACACCGUAGCGGACACUGGAAACUCUCCACUACACUGUGACCCCGGGUGACACAGACUCGUAGCCAGUAUUAUUUUCAUAUAGAUAAGUGUUGCUUCCUGUGGGAAGGGUGUACUACAUUUAAGCAAUUCACGUAACAUGUCAAAGCAGUAUACCAUCCAAAUACUGUGUAUCCUGUAACUGACAAAUAUGGGAAACACCCACCCAUCUGGUGCUCCACAUAGUUUAAAACAAAGUAGGAUGAUGGUUGAAGAACUAUUACGCAGGUCUGUGGGAGACAGUCUGAACACUGUGCAUCUGUCAGUACAUGAUUGAUGUAGAUAAGAUACCUCAAGUUGAAAUAAAUGUGCCUGUAACCCACUGCUGACAGUUAGGACGGAAAAGCAAUACUGAGUGUUCAGACACCCUGCUUGUGUUACACAGUCAGAUUCUUUGCAGAGAUACUGUGCACAAAGAUGGUUUACAGUCAAACUGGAAAUGCACAAUUAAAACGUAGCGGUAGUGGGUUUUAACAUGUAGUUAAUGUUGUCGGUCACUCCCUGCGUGCAAAACAUACACAACAUUAAUAAUACAGUAGGGAGAAGCGGUUAAUGAAUGGGUUGUAUAAAUAAAGCUAUUUUACAAGUCUGA